UGAUAGGAAGUUCUUUCCAGUAAGCGAAGUUGCUGUCAUUCUGUAGAACCAUGAAUACGUUUCGUAUAGCCUUUUUUAUUUUUGCCAAAGUACACGUUCUGGCUGUGGAUUUAAACCAUACUGAACCCUUCAGACCAAACAUUGUGAUGGUGAUGUCCGAUGCAUUCGAUGGCCGGUUGACCUUUGACCCUGUGAGUAAGGUGGUGCAACUGCCCUUUACUGGGUACCUGAGGGAGCAGGGGGCAGUCUUUCUCAACUCUUACACCAACUCUCCCAUCUGCUGUCCAUCUAGAGCAGCUAUGUGGAGUGGUCGUUUUGUCCAUCUAACUCAGUCUUGGAACAAUUACAAGUGUCUGGAUAAUAAUGCCACAACAUGGAUGGACCUUCUGCAGAGCAAUGGAUAUCACACCAAGAGCCUGGGAAAGCUGGACUUUACCUCAGGUAGCCAUUCAGUCAGCAAUCGCGUGGAGGCCUGGACGCGAGACGUGCCAUUCCUGCUGCGUCAGGAAGGCCGCCCCAUGACAGACCUGACGGGCGACGCCUCCACAAUGAGGGUCAUGACCAAGGACUGGAAGACCACGGACAGCGCCGCCCAGUGGAUCCGCCACACUGCUGCAUCCCUCUCCCAGCCUUUCGCCCUCUACCUGGGUCUGAACCUGCCUCACCCAUACCGCACAGACUCCCUGGGCCCCAACGCUGGGGGGUCCACCUUCCGCACCUCCCCCUACUGGCUGAAAAAGGUAUCUCAGCAUCACAUCUCUGUGCCUAAAUGGCUGCCCUUUUCAGAGAUGCAUCGUGUUGACUACUACUCCACCUUCACCAAGAACUGCAGCAGCAACUUCACAGAGCAGGAGGUCAAAGACAUCCGAGCUUUCUACUACGCCAUGUGUGCUGAGGCGGACGCCAUGCUGGGUGAAGUGGUGUUAGCAUUGCAAGAUUCCAGCCUGCUUUCCAGCACUGUAGUGCUGUUCACUUCAGACCACGGUGAACUGGCCAUGGAGCACCGGCAGUUCUACAAGAUGUCCAUGUUUGAGGGCAGCUCCCAUGUUCCACUGCUUAUGGCUGGCCCUGGGGUAAAGGCAGGGCUUCAGCUUCCUCAGCCUGUCUCCUUGGUGGACAUCUACCCCACAAUGCUGGAGCUGGCAGGAGUACCUGCACCAGGAGGUCUCAGCGGUCACUCCCUCUUACCUCUGCUGAACCAGAGCGCCGCCCUGCUGGCUGAGCCCCGCCCUGACUGGGUGCUCGGCGAGUACCACGGCUGCAAUGCUAAUGCUUCCACUUACAUGCUGAGGAAGGGCAAGUGGAAGUACAUAGCCUAUGCUGAUGGUUUGAGUGUCCCUUCACAGCUGUUUGACCUCUCCAGUGACACAGAGGAGCUUCACAAUGUGGCACCUCAGUUUCCUGCCGUCUGCCAGGACCUGGACAAAGCUCUGCGCAGCGUGGUGGACUACCCCACUGUCUCCAAGCAGGUCCAGAGCUACAACAAGCAGGAGUUCAGUGCCUGGAGGCAGAGCCUCGGGGGCAAUUACAGCGGUACCAUCGCCAGCUUGCGCUGGUACCUGGACUGGCAGAGAGAUCCCGAACGCUACGAGAGAGACAUUGACGAGUGGCUUAAAGCAUCAACAUAACCUGCCCAUUUUCCCCCAAGUAAUAAUGCCAAACAAGCCUUGUAAUUGUCACAGGGCAAAAUUUUCUGUAACUGUGUCCUUGUCUGACUGGACCAAUGUUGAAACUGGAUGAAAGUUUACAGUUGUUGGAUUACAGCUCUUACAGGCAACAGACAAGCAGGUUCUUAGCAAACCACAAUUUCACUUCCCAUUUCUUUCAUCUGUGUUUGUCUAAACUCAUAUUUGUCUCAUAUUUCAUUAAAGGGGGUCAUUCCAGUUCAUUCCUCCCUCCCUUUCUAUAACUGCUGAGAAUACCCAGUAUUUGC